AAUCUUUUGUCUUUCUGCAAUUAUUGAGGCAUAUGUUUUAUAAUCAGCAUUCAAUAAGGAUAUCAGUCUAUAGUUUUUUAUCUGUUGUAAAUCAGAAUCUUUUUCGUAUGAAAGUAAUAUAUGCUUCUAUCCAUGAAUUUGGCACUUUCGCUUCUAGCAAUAGUUCAUUAAAUACUUCCAACAUUGGUAUACUUUAAGUGUUUUGUAAGUCUACAAGACUUCUGCUGGUAGACCAUCCUGACAGGUGUUUUGCCAUUCUUUUGUCUCUUAAUUGCUUCUGUUAAUUCCAUCAUUGUUAUGCAUUCAUCUAACAUAGUUUUCACUGUUUCAGGUACUUUAGGUAAUUCUGCUUUCUCUAAAUAUUGUUUUAUCUUUUGAAAUUGUCUCUUGAUCAUAUAGUUUUUCAUAGUAGUUUUGAAUCACUUUCUUUUUAUCAUCAUUUUGGUGGUGAAGUUCCUUCAUCAUUUAUAUGCCAGCCAUCUUCCUGGUUUAUUUGCAUUUUCAAAGAAGUUUUGUUUGGCACUUUUAGUUUUUUGUGCUAGUUCUUAUUUAACUCUUAAAUUCAUAUUAUGUUUUAUUUAUUCCAUUUGAUUUUUAAAUUUUUUUGUGGUUUUUUUGUAGUUCUAUCUCUAGUCUCUUAUAUUCUUCUAAUUUCUUUUGAUUUUGUCUCUUCUUUUUAUUUUUCCUUCCCAUAUACAUUAUAGUUAAUCCUCUAACAUAUGCUAUAGCUGUGUCCCAUACAUUUUGUAAUGAAGUCUCUUCUUUUCUAUUCUCUUUAAAGAAAAAGUCCAAUUCUCUUUCCAUAAAUUGGAUAAAUUCCUUUUCUUUUAAUAUUGAUUGAUUCAAUGUCUUUAUUUAUUGCUUUAUUUCCUUUUUUGUCCCUUCCAUAUAACUUUUAUCGGAUUGUGAUCUGCCCAGUUGCUUAUUUCUAUAUUUAUUUCUUGCACAUUAGAUUUUAGCUCUGCUGACAUCCAUAUCGUAUCUAUUCUUGACCAAGACUGUUUGAAUAAAAUGAAUAUUGAUUUUCCCUAGGAUGCAUCUCUCGCCAUACAUCUUGAACGCCUAGUUCUUCUGCCAAUUUGAAGAAAGCUUUUGGAAGUGUUUUUUCUAGCUUUUUUAUUUACUUUUCUAGUUUUAUAGUUCAUUUCCCCCCCCCUUCCUUUUGCUCCUUCUUUGCUCGCCCGUUUAUCCUCUUGAGUUUUUGCCAGGGAGACUUUUUGGCUGCUGUGAGGAAUCUGGACCUUCAGCCGGGAGGACAGCAGCCUGGUCUCUCCUCCAGGGGCUUUUUUGGUUCUGUCCCCUCUGCCCCCAAAGAUCCCGGCCCCCUCUCUUCAAAGUUAUUGAAUGAGUCCCAUCAGUCUCCUGGUGGGGAGGUUGCGCUGGGGGCCUGGCUUGCUCUCCUGGCAUGGGAGCUCUGUAAUUCCGGAAGGAAGUUUCAUUUCCCUCCCUCGUCCUGUCCCCAAGGCAGGCAGCCAAAGGGCAGGAAGCGGUUUCUGAGCAUCUAGAGAGAGAGAAGCUUGGUCAAUUCCAGAGGACGUCAACCCUUCCGGCCUUUGGAGGAAGAUGACCAGGCCUCUUGGUCCGCCAGGGUGCCCCCCCCCCAAGCGGCUCAGGAUUCCCAGAGGGUCCCUCUCCUCCCACAAGGCUAAAGGUGGCAUCCCGUCCCCUCACAUAAUAAAAUGACCCAAGGUUUGGGGCAGCGCUCCUGCAAGGUGGGAUCCCACAGGGGGAAGAGGCCUGAGUUUUCCUUGUGGCAGGACCUAGCUGGCCCCAGGUUCCCAGUAAGUUCCCAGCCUUGGGCCUGCCAGAAGCACCAGCUUUCCUUGGGCAUGAAAGGAGGCCUCGAAGGCUGGGGACAGGUGGGUGGUUGACCUUGGGGGGGGGGAGUGCAUUUGGAGGAAGGGAUAAAGGCAGCCCAACAUCAAAGGCUGGCAGAAAUUCUGCAUUUAUCAUUUGUGGAGUUUCUGAUCAGGAUGGAGGGCCUUGCAAGGUCCCUCUUUGCCCAGGAUAAAUCAGUUGGCAGGAGGAGGCACACUUCAGAGGGCUGCCCAAGGAUUCAACCGCAAAAGCCUGAAAUCGGCGUCCCUGCCAGGGCUGGUUCUCCCUUUCCACCGCUUGCCUUUGGACAGGGGCCCUUCCCCUCCCCCGCUCGGUCUCCGCCGCUGGAGCGGCUUUUUCGCCGCCGCCUCCUCUGCACGGGGCUCGCUCUCUGCGGGCAGAAGCGAAACUGCAUUUCUUCGCCGAGAUCUUAGCAGAGAUGCCGCCGUUUCUCUGCAGCCGGCUGUAAUCGGCAGCGCGAUCUCCCCUCCCAGAGACCCGCGUGCGCGCGCCGGCACCGCACCGUACCGCCCCGGCCCUCCGGCCCCGCCUUCCCCGCGGCUGGGAAGAAAGGCCCAAGACUUUCCCACGCUCCCGGGUUCACGGUAAUGAGGCCACGCCGGGUCCGCCCUCGCCGGCAGGCCCCGCCCCGCCUCGAAGGGGGGGCCGGCCUCGCUUCUCCUGCUCUGGCCCCAGCCCUGGGAGAGGAGAGGCUUCCCCCCCCCCCGUGCCACGAAGCGGCAAGUCGUCUCUGCGCGCCCAGUCUUCCAGGAUGCUCUGGAUCCUUCUGCUGGGAUCUGAGGACAGCAACUGCAGGCAGGCAGGAGACAAACCUGACAGUUACAGAGAAAACAGAACAAGGGAGGAAGCUCCGCACGCAAGGAAGCGAGGAGGCCGUGCGCAAGAACAGGGACCUGAUCGGCUUUCUGCGCACCACCCUGCGGGCAGAGAUGCACGAGCUGAAUCUCGGGCUGAAGUAUGACCACGUCACGAUCAGCAGGGCCUGCCUAGACAGGAAGCGGGUGAAAAUCGCUUUGGCAGAAUACACUGUGGAGCAAGCUCGAGAAUCCCUGAGCCAACGGGUCUUCGAUCGGAUGAACACUCACAACAUCCUCUUGUAUGAAGUCAAGCGCCGGGGGAACCGCCUGGAGGAGCUCCAGGUGACGCUGCAGGACCUCAUCGACCUGGAAAUGGCCAGCCCUGAGCUCCAGCUGCAGCUCCAGACGAUCCGUCAGCUGGAGAACAACAUUGAGAAGAUGCAGGUGAACAUUGCGACUGCGGACAAGGUCCACAUCCUGUACGUGAAAAUGGUAGACGUGCUGAGAACUGAACUUUCUCAGCUUCCUUUCGUCCUGGACGACUUCGAGCGCCGGGUGGGCACCUACCAGAUGGAGCUGCAGGGGAUGGACCUGAUGGCCAUGGAUAUGCUGGAAGCCAUGGAGGCUGCCAAGAUGGACAUGACCAAUGCAGAAAAUGAGUUAAUUGCUGAGAAGAAGUUCAGGGAGAACUCGCUCAGCAUCCAGAAGAAACAGAUAGAGCGGAUCCGUGCGAAGGACACCGGUGAGAGGCACCGACGAAUGCAAGCCCGGCGAGACAUGGACUUCCCUGUCCUGAUGAUGCGCGAAGGAACAAAGGGGACAAAGCUGGAGGCUUCCAAGGCCCAGAUUGAGUACCAGGGUCUGGUGACCAGCGAAGUGGAGAAAAUCAAAAGUGCAGUGCAGUGCUCACAUCUCUGGGAUAUUGCUGGGCGCUUCAUGGCCCAGAAGAAAUCUGAGGAGAACCUUCAGCAGCAGAUCGCCAAAUCGGAGAAGAAGCGGCGAGGCCUCAAGUCCCAGCUGAAGGCUCUGGAGCUGCAGCGAGCUGAGCUGAAGUUCCACCAGUCCCCAGGCUUCCUCAGCUCAAAGACGCUAGAAGAGAAUCUGUGGAAGAACCUGCAGGAGGAAGAGGAACGGCUUUCGCGGGUCCGUGGCGAGGCCUCCAAAAACCAGGAACUUCUCCUCCAUUUUGAGAACGGGGUUGACAACCUGAUCCUGAGGCUGUGGGACAUCAGUGUGCCUGGCCAGGAGGGCUUCCCCAAGAUGGAGGAUGUCUUUGAGAAGCUGCAGUUUUGUGAAACAAAACUUCUGCAUUUGAGCCGAAUGAUGCUCGAUUUGCCCUCCGCCAAAUUCAGCCGAGACGAGAGCGACGAGACGUUUGUCCACCUCCGGAAUUUCCUUGAGGAGAGCACCAGGGAUGAUCAGCAGAACCUGAGAAUCACUUUCGAUGAGGAUGAAGAAGAUGUCCGAGAAGCCUUUAACUUUGCGGACAUAGACCACAGCUACGUGCCCAGUCGGGAGGAGAUCAAGAAGGAGGCCUUGAAGCUCAUCGAGGAAAAGACCAAGGCGAUUAAGAAAAAGCAAAGAGGGGCCAAAAAAUGAGACUUCCAAAGACUUGGGUACCCCAUUUCUUGGGAUGUGGGGAUUUGACUCUAUCCUGUUUUUUAAAAUCUCUUUGUUUAAAAUGAUAUUGGACUUGCUUUAAACAUACAACAUCCCUCCCCCUCCACACACCUAGAAUGUGCAAAAAAGGAAGUCUUCUCGUAUUUUACAAAUGGAGAAUAAAGAUGUUGAC